CACUUCACACAGACGAGUCGAGCACAUAAUAGCGAUGCUUCUGAGCAGAGCUCAAGACCUCUCGCCAUUCAUUCUAUCUCUCUCUUCAAGCCCCAAAUCAUGCCUAAUCCCACAACACAACCACCCCAAUAAAGGCCUCACCUUUCCCAUGCGCACUGCCCUCUCAAUCCUCCGCUCUUUAUCCACCUCCUUCCACCACCACAACCACCACCACCACAGCUACCACCGCCUCCUCUUCUAUUCUCUCUCUGUCCUACAACCCUCACCACCUCUCAGUCUCCCGCUCUUAAGCUACAAAACCCACCAUUCAUUUCGAUUUCUACUACUCUCCAACCCUUCUGCUUCGGUGAGUACUAUGGUCGAACAGUUGGCGCACGAACCGGAAGAAGUGAGAGGCCAUGAAAAGUGGGACUUCUCAAAAAAUGAAGAGAGGAAAAUAUUUGAAUUUGAUGAUUCUUUUGUGUCGACUGAGUUGAAGAAGCUGGAUUCGCCGUCUCUCGAGGUUAAGGAAUUGGAGGAGCUUCCGGAACAGUGGAGGAGAGCGAAAUUGGCGUGGCUGUGUAAGGAAUUGCCUGCCCAUAAACCUGCAACGAUGAUUCGGGUACUCAAUGCGCAAAGGAAGUGGCUUAGACAAGAAGAUGGGACUUAUCUUGCGGUUCAUUGUAUGCGAAUUCGCGAGAAUGAAGCUGGGUUUAGGGUAAAUUUCAUAUUCUUGUUAAACCAAGUUUCCUAAUCAAAGAUUUUAUUUUCUAUGACAUUGUUCUUCACUGUCCAUAGUAGGAGGACAUUCGGGGGAAAUGGGUUUUUUGAACUGCAAUUGGGACAGUGACAAUAACUGCCAGGUUUGAUGGCUAUAUUCUUCUCUGCCAUGCAACUGUGAUAUAUUUGAAGAACAUUCUGAUCGCUCUUCCUGUUAGAUGAUGAUGUCUUUAGUAAACCCCAGUGGUUAAUCAACCUUACAAUCAGGAAAAUGAGAGAAAUUGCAAGAUAUUUUGUAGUCAUAACUCAUCAAACUAAAACUCAGUUAUACGAUUUUGAUAGUUUUUACUACAACUUGUAGUGCAUGAUAUGAAUUUGCAUUUCAUAGUUGCCUUACAAUUUCUGGCCUUUGACUGAUGAAGUGGAUUUCACAAGAACGAGUAUGACGGGUUAAUAUUUUAUGGGUUGUAAUCAUUUUCAGAUUUUAGUUACAUUCAAUUUCUUUUCUUGCCAUCUUUUGUACAAUGCUAACAGUUAACUGAUCUAGAAUGUUUUACUGUCUGCCAUUCAGGCCAAAUAUUUGCUCAUACCUUAAAGGUUUUGUAAGUAUAUGGGAGCCUUGAGCCUGAAAUAAAAUUUACUCUAGCAGCAACUUUUAGUGUGAUCACUGAAGUCCUAGACGUAUUCCAUGGAAAUUUAAUGCUGUUUCAGUACUUUACCGCUGCCCACAAAUUGCUUUGAUGUUUCCACUGUUAUUCAUAAUGAAUUUGUGAUUGAAUAUGGACAUACAUUUCUACUCGAUCUUGGGGGUUACGAAGAAUCUAAUUUAUCGCAUAUCACACUCCACGUCUAAUUUUCAUUUCUAUUUUUCUUUUGACAAUUGGCAUGGUCGUAAGGCAAGCUAAUUACUGCACGUCACAGCCCCAUCCUGAGAGGUUGUCACUCUUAUCUGUAAUGUGCCUGAAUUUUCUCUUUUUGUUAUUGCAUAUACAGAGAAAUAUCCUUUGUCAUUAUGGUCAUUAUGACUGGAUGAUGAAUGUUGUACCCUGAGUUCGACAUCUAUGAAUACUGAAUUUGUUGUUAAACUUUUCAGGUAUACAAAUGGAUGAUGCAACAACAUUGGUAUCGCUUUGAUUUCGCUCUUGCUACCAAGCUAGCUGAUUACAUGGGCAAGGAACGAAAAUGUUUAAAAUGUAGGGAGAUAUUUGAUGACAUAAUUAACCAGGGACGAGUGCCUAGCGAAUCUACAUUUCAUGUUCUUACCAUUGCCUAUCUUAGCUUGCCUGCGCAAGGUUGCCUGGAGGAAGCAUGCAGCAUUUACAAUCGUAUGAUUCAACUAGGUGGUUACAAGCCACGACUUAGCUUACACAAUUCUCUAUUCAGAGCUCUUGUGAGCCAACCAGGUGGAUCUUCAAAAUAUUACCUUAAGCAGGCAGAAUUCAUAUUUCACAAUCUGGAGACAUCUGGACUCGAGAUACAUAAGGAUAUCUAUGGUGGUCUAAUUUGGCUUCACAGCUACCAGGAUGCAGUAGACAAGGAAAGGAUUGCAUCACUCAGGAGAGAGAUGGAACGAGUGGGAAUAAAAGAGAGCAGAGAAGUGCUUUUGUCCAUCUUGAGAGCUUGCUCUAAGGAAGGGGAUGUAGAAGAAGCUGAAAGAACUUGGAUUAAGCUUCUUCAUUCUGAUGAAAAUCUUCCUUCUCAAGCUUUUGUGUAUAGGAUGGAAGUCUAUGCGAGGAUUGGAGAACCUAUGAGAUCGUUGGAGAUAUUCAGGAGAAUGCAGGAGCAAUUGGGUUCUGCCAAUGUUGCAGCAUAUCAUAAAAUUGUAGAGGUGUUAUGUCAAGCUCAAGAAAUAGAACUUGCAGAGUCACUCAUCACAGAGUUCAUGACGAGUGGUUUGAAGCCCUUAAUGCCAUCUUUUAUUGAUUUGAUGAAUAUGUACCUCACUUUAAGCUUACAUGAUAAACUGGAGAGAACUUUCUUCCGGUGCCUUGAGAAAUGUCAUCCCAAUCGAACCAUUUACAAUAUUUACUUAGAUUCACUAGUACAAAUUGGUAAUCUUGGCAAGGCCGAAGAGGUCUUCAACCAAAUGCUUAGUAAUGAGGCGAUUGGUGUUAACACCCGCUCAUGCAACACUAUCUUAAGGAUAUUCGUCUCUUGUGGAGAAUAUAUGAAGGCAGAAAGAAUAUAUGAUUUAAUGUGCCAGAAGAAGUAUGACAUCGAAUCACCUUUGAUGGAAAAAAUUGACUAUGUUCUGAGCUUGAGCAGAAAAGUUGUGAAGAAACCCAUGAGCCUUAAGCUUGGCAUAGUACAACGAGAGAUUCUGGUGGGGAUGCUGUUGGGUGGUUUACGAAUUGAAUCGGACGAAGACAGGAAGAAUCAUGUAAUCCGUUUUGAGUUCAAUGAGAAUUUUGGCACACAUUCGAUUUUAAAGAGGCAUAUAUAUGACCAGUACCAUGAGUGGUUUACUUCAUUCAGUAGGCCUGCAGAUGGAAGUGAUGAUAUACCCUUCCGUUUUGCUACCAUUUCACACUCUUAUUUUGGUUUUUAUGCGGAACAAUUCUGGCCAAAAGGUCGACCUGUGAUUCCAAAGCUUAUUCACCGGUGGCUGUCACCACGAGUUCUUGCGUAUUGGUACAUGUAUGGUGGCCAUAAAACAUCAUCAGGGAAUAUUUUGUUGAAGUUGAGGGGAAGUGAAAAGGGUGUUGAUAGGAUUGUCAAGACAUUGAAGGCAAAGUCUUUGGAUUGCCGUGUAAAAAGGAAGGGGCCAUUGUUUUGGAUUGGUUUUUUGGGCAACAAUGCUGCAUGGUUCUGGAAACAAGUCGAACCCUUCAUUUUAGAUGAUUUAAAAGAUGUUCUAGAAGCCGUCGAUCAAACAAUGGAUGGAAUUGUAGAAAGUGAUAGCAUUGAUUUUGAUAGUGAACCUAGUCCUGAUGCUUCUGCUUACAGCGAAGAUGACAGCUCAUAGGACAUGUUUUUAAUUUUUUUUCCCCUUGGUCACAUCUUAUUGUGCAGAUCUGUUUCAGACCAGAGUUUGAGAAGCAUGACUGCUAAAAUUUUACUGGUUUGUGAUGCAUCCAAGGACUCUAAGAUGAUUGACCCUAUAGUUCUGCCAGCAUCCAAAGUUGUAUGUAUUUCACUUCUUGUGAUGAAUGAAAAUUCCUAUUACCAUUAUCAUACUGAAGUUGCAUAACGUUAUAAACUUGUUCUAGUUUGUAAUUUCCCCUCUCUCUGUCUGUCACAGACAUGCGCGUGUGCAUGGUGUGUAGGAUCUAGCUUCUGUGGUGGACGGUUGUCUAUACUCUAAUAGAUAUAACAGCAUAUUUUGAUGAUCUGAGAUUGUCAAAUGUUAAGCAAAGGGUGUUUCAUUCACAAGAAGUCUACUAAUGUCAACCUCACGUUGGCUGCCUUACUGGGAAUGAGGGAUCCCUAACAACCGAAGAAUUGCAGGAGAUAAUCUUCCCAGAGUUGCAUUUGAAGAUGAUGAGAUGGUACAUGUAAAGGUUAUACCUUUCUUUAGCUAUUAGUCCAUGGAUGCUCCGUGGAAUUCUAGUCCAGCAGCAGACUUUGUUGGAUACUCAGAACUUAUGUAUUAUAUAUAUUGAUUUGCCAUCUCCUCUAUGUCAUUCUGAGGAAUUCGGGUGGUCUCCAUUUGCAAUUUAUCCACGCCAACGAACCUUGGAACCCCUCUUUCUGCGGCUGUGCUAGGAGCGCGACACAGUUCUUUCCUGUCCAGCCCUUAAGGCCAAGAUUCAGCACCUUUUUUAUCAUUUAUGUAAGCUGCUUAUUUUAUGCAAACUGUUUUAAGCUCAGGAUAUGGUCAAGAUGAGCGAGCAACGCCUUCCAACGAUUUUCAAUUUCAUCAUUGAUAGGUCGUAUGUUCUGACUGUACCUUUGAUUUUUUGAUUUUCAAUUUUAUCCUUCAACGAUC